CUACAACCGCACCGCAUUCUACCGAUUACAUCUCAUCAAUUCCACAUGCUCCAUAUGAUCUGUACAGCACCAAUGCAUCACCGCCGCAUCCCAGCAGCGUUCAUCUCGAUUCAGAGCUCGCCACUGCAUCGUGAACGCUUUUUGGGUCUAGCAUCUGGGCAUCGCCCUUAGUCCAUCGUAUAUCCUGCUUGUACCUGAAUUUAUCCGCGACGAUCUCCCACCCAGGCCUGGGGUUGAACCACCACCCACGAUGAGCAUCUCGGCUCGGGUAAUUGCAGACCGCAUUCUAGAAGGCCAGAGGACGGGUGGCUGGGCCUGUUUUCCUGGGAGAAGGUAGGGGUAGCUGCACGACAGGUGCCAGUUCAUAUAUAACCUCGCAUGCACCGCAUACUUCGAUUCUUCAGCGCCCUCGCUCAUUGUGCCUUCCCUCCCAUCUUCCGCGAGCGUCCGUGGUGUUAAUUGGCAUUCUCCGAGAGCAUUGUCCGAUAAUGAAGACCACGCUCCUCCUCGCGGCCCUGCCCGCCGCGGCCACCGCCCUCCCAACCUGGCCCUGGACCAAGCCCCACCACGACAACCCCAAGCCAAACAAAUACCCAAACAAAUACCCCGGGCUGAACGUCCUCGCACAGAAGGCGGGCCUCAAGUACUUCGGAACCGCCAUCGACAACGUCGUCCUCGACAACCCGACGUACAUCGCCAUCGCGCAUAACCGCUCCGAGUUCGGCCAGGUGACCCCCUCCAACGGCCAGAAGUGGGAGCUCAUCGAGCCCCAGCAGAACAAGUUCAACUAUACGCUCGGCGACCAGAUUACCGUGCCCGCUACUAAGGCCAAGCAGCUCAAGCGCUGCCACAACUUCGUCUGGCACAACCAGCUGCCGCAGUGGCUGACGGGACGCAACUGGACGAAGCCUGAGCUCAUCAACGUGCUCGAGAACCACAUCAAGAACGAGGCGAGGCAUUAUUACAAUGAUUGCUUUGCGUGGGAUGUCGUUAACGAGGCGUUUGAGGACGAUGCGGUGGCGAGUCUGAGAAAGGAUAUCUGGUUGAACACCAUUGGGAAGGAGUACAUCGAGCUGGCGUUCAAGUUUGCGAGGAAGUACACCAAGCCGGGAACCAAAUUGUACUACAACGACUACGCCAUUGAGCGGGUGAACAACAAGAGCCGCGCAGUUGCUGCGAUGGUCAAGGACUUCAAACAGCGCCACAUCCCCAUCGACGGCGUCGGUCUCCAAGCGCACUACACCGUGGGCCGCGCCCCCACCUACGACGACCAGCUCGCAACGCACAAGCUCUUCAGCGACCUCGGCGUCGAGACCGCCCUCACCGAGCUCGACGUGCGCAUCCAGCUUCCCGACAACGCCACCCUGCAGGCACAGCAAGCCGCUGUGUACGCCAAUUCCACCAAGGCGUGCCUCGACGCCGACGACUGCGUGGGCAUCACCGUCUGGGACUUCUGGGACCCCGUCAGCUGGGUGCCGGGCACGUUCCCGGGCUUUGGCAACGCAGACAUCUGGGACGCGAAUUUCACAAAGAAGCCUGCGUACUAUGCGGUUUCGGAUCUGCUGAGGUCGUAUGAUUAGGGGUUGGCUGAGUGGUAUAGAAUAGACAGAUGAGCGUGUUUGUAAAUAUCCAGUACCCGU